UUCACUUGUUAUGACCGUUGAAGUUGUUUUUGUGUUAAUAAAGAAAAUGUAUAAUAAUGUUUGAAUUUCAAGAUUUGGAAUUCCAAAUUGUUGUUACUGCUGGUGAUAAUAAAGAAUUUCUAAAAGGAUUGGUAAGAAAUAUGAACUAUUUUUUUAUGCAAUUAUUUAAGACGAAUGCGGAUUAUGCGGAUGAAGAUUAUGCGGAUUUUGUGAAACACCACAUCCUAUACACGGCUGAAAACGCAUACAAUGAAGCACCAAUAUCUGAUGGAAUAUCUGAUGGAAGCGAUGAUGGUACGGAUUUUGUAGAAUUUCUGUCUGAAGAGGCGCCAAAGGAUCAGGCUCGUGUAGCACAUAAUGAUGUUGAAGCUGCGAUUAAUGAACCGAAUGUUGCACCACAUGUUGACUCAUUGAUGACUGUGCAACUUCGUCCUCAUAACCUAAGAACACGUUGCCUGACUAUUCCCAAGAAGUUUGUUCGAAUGCAUCAAAUGCAGAAGUACCUUUGGGCUAAGGUUCAUUUUCAGACUGGUUGGUAUCCUGAAAAAGUUUUUAUUCGUUGGGACAGCAGGCGACCGGGAGAUGACACCCAUGUUGUGUUGCAAGUCAACUGGAAAAAAGUCGUUGAAGACACUGGGAUGAUAGUAAAUGAUAAUUUCAAGUGUGAAUUUACGCUUCAAUUCAAUAUUGAAAAAUGUGAAGGAGACGUGGCUGAUUUUGACAUAAUAUGGUAAGAAAAGUUACUGAAUUUUUAAGUGGGUGGAAGAACUUUUCAUGGUAAUUCAACAUGUAUGAUACUUGGUACUAUUUCUGGUAUUGUCUAUCGGCAUUGUAUUUGUUGGAACUUUCUAUUUUGGUCGGUCGGUUGGUUUUUGUAACAAAACUUGGUAGUAUUAUAAGGUGUUUUAAGGACGUUUGGUGUAUUAUUAGGUACUAUUAUGUAGGUUUUAUAAGGAUGUUUGAUGUAUUAACUUGACAAACCUUGUGUAUGUAGUUAAUUA